AUGGCCUCCCCUUCUUCCCCCACCGACUCCAACCCUCCCUCUGCCCUCCCCCUCCCUAUCCCUCCCCCUCCCUCCACCUCCUCCCGCCGUCUCCCUCCUCCCUGCUGGACCCCCGAGGAAACCUCCGCCCUCAUCGACGCCUACCGCGACAAAUGGUACUCCCUCGGCCGCACCAACCUCAAGGCCACCCAUUGGCAAGAGGUGGCCGACUCCGUCACGGCGCAGUGCCCCAACGCCUCCCCCACGGCCAAAACCCCCGUGCAGUGCCGCCACAAGAUGGAGAAGCUCCGCAAACGGUACCGCACCGAAAUCCAACGCCUCCGCAACCUCCCCCUUCCCCGCCUCAACAACGCCAGCACCAAUUCCCCUUCCUCCUGGCUCCACUUCAAAUCCAUGGACUCCAUGGAAAAAGGCCCCAACCACAAACCUCACGCCGACAACAACCUUAACAUCAACAACAAUUUCCACGAUGACGACGUCGACGACGACGAUCUGUACGAGGAAUUCAAAAACGCCCCCGGAUCCAACACCAGGAGCCUCAACAAGCUCUACAAGAACAACAACGGAUUCAAUUCGGCUGGUUCGGGCUCCGGAUCCGGAUUUCGGAUCCGGAUCCCGGCCGGCGUGCCACAACAACAACACCAUACGGCGUCGUCAAAUAAGAUUUUUAACAGCCAUCCUCCUCCCGGGAUGGGGCCACGUGGCGGGGGCGUGAAGAGGGAGCGCGAGAGGGACGCGGUGGCGGAGAUGGUGGGGGCUAUUAAGGUCCUUCGCGACGGGUUCGUGAGGAUGGAGCAGAUGAAGAUGGAGAUGGCCAGGGAGAUCGAGAGCAUGCGGAUGGAGAUGGAGAUGAAGCGCACCGAGAUGAUCCUGGACUCGCAGCAGAGGAUUGUGGAGGCUUUUGCUAGGGCCGUUUCGCAGAAGAGGACCAAGGGCAAGUCCACGCCCUCGCCUUCAUCGCAACCGUAG